AUGGCGCUCAACAUGUCCCUCUUCUCGGUCAACGCGAUCCUAAUCCUCUCCAACGACGACUCCUCGCGCAUCCUCACGAAAUACUACUCCCCACCCCACAUCCCGCACAAUGCUCAGGGAAACAACUACCCCGGCGCGAACCCAUACCCCAAUCUGAAAGACCAGAAGGCGUUCGAGAAGGGCUUGCUGGAGAAGACAGCGAAGCAGACGACGGAUGUGAUCCUGUACGACAACAAAGUGGUGGUGUUCAAGAUGGAGAGCGAUGUGAUGCUGUAUGUGGUGGGCGGGGCGGAUGAGAACGAGAUAAUGCUGUACAAUGUCAUUCUGGCGUUGAGGGAUAGUUUGAAUAUCCUGCUCAAAAACUCCGUUGACAAGCGAACACUGAUCGAGAACUACGAUCUGGCAUCGCUCUGCAUAGAUGAGAUCGUCGACGACGGCAUCAUCCUCGAGACAGAUCCAGUAGUGAUUGCGAGCAGAGUCAGCAGGCCGCCGGUGCAGGACAUGCCUAACAUGCAGGGGAUUGAUCUUAGUGAAGAGGGAUUGCUCAAGAUCUACCAGUUUGGCAAGCAGAAGUUGGGCGAACGGUUACGGCAGGGGCUUUAG